AUGGAAGAGAUACGUGGAAAGGAAGGCACUGCAAUAGCAGUAAAGUGAAUCAGUCUAGAUGGAAAGCAUUUCAUUGCAGUGCCCACAUCUAAGGUCAGCUAAUUAUUUUCUUCGAUUUUUGUUUUUGAUUAGUCGUUAUUUCUCAGAGCCUCCAAAAGGAAAAUUACAACAAGCAAGGCUUCUUGGAUACAUGGUAUAGCGAAGCUGACUUCCAUAGAAAUACCUCAACCAAAAAACGGAUUCGCCUCAGUACGUGACCAUCAUUCCUCUGCCUGACGAUUGUAAUUCUGUCAAGGAGGACUGGCUCAAAAGCAUCGUCACCAAAUAUGAGGAAGAAGGUGAUAUCUUCUCCAAAGAAUUCCUCCGCGGAAUCAUAUUCUCGGGUGCUCACAGCGUCGAGUUUGCCCCAGAGGCUACUCAGUAUCUCCAUACCAUAGGAACGACCUGGCUCGACAUGAACGACAACAAAAACUGUGAUUUGAGUCAAUGCGCUGGUCCCCAUCUUAUAGUGAACGGGCAACCAUUCGCGAUAUGGAGGCUUUACGAUGACUCACAAGGUGCUUUCCUUAUUCCAGUUGUGCCGGCAACAAAAGGGUUUGUUCUUCUCUAUCUCUGAAUACCAUAGCCCGUGGUAUUAAUAGUAGUAGUGCAUAUUCAGAGCUCCUGCUCUGUGGCACCAACUCGCAAAGCCUUUCUGUUGCUGUUCCAUCUCGGCUCAGAGCUAUGAGCUCUGCUGCUAAACUGCUCUCAGGCUGGAGAAUCGCCGUGAAAGACAUCUUUCAGGUUAAGGGUAUCAAGACAUCUGUUUGCAACCGAGCAUAUUAUGAAUUGUACCCGGAAGCUUCACAAACAGCUGCCUAUAUUCAAAUGCUCGAAGACAUGGGUGCGGUUUUGUUUGGGACCACGAAGCUAGCAGCUUUUGCUGCCACAGAGGAACCAAUCGAGUGCGUUGACUACCAGGCCCCGUGGAAUCCUCGAGCAGAUGGAUAUCAAUCGCCGGCUGGCAGUAGCAGCGGUAGUGGUGUAGCUGUUGCGUCCUAUGAAUGGGUCGACUUCGCAAUUGGCUCUAAUAGUAAGUUUGACCCGUAUCUUUCAAUGAUCUUUCGCACUUACAAUUACAAUCAGCUAGUGGAAGUGGAAGAAGACCAGGACAUUGGAAUGGAUGUUUUGCCCAUAGACCUACUCAUGGAGUUCUACCCUUUGAUGGCUAUAUCCCGAGCUUUAGGUAUGCAUUGCGAAUAUGUUUAUCUUUGAUGACUCCUAAUAUUGAAACAAUAGACAAUUUGAUACGCCUACUUACUAUGCACGGGACGUUGAAACGUGCAAGGAGUUUGCGAGUAAAUGGUAUGGUGACAAACUGCCAUCCAAACAAGCCUCAGUGAGUACAGAAGUCAGCAUAAUCGUAUUGAAUGUAAUUGACCGGACCCUUAGCUCCCUCCGACCAUCAUUUAUCCCACAGAUUACAUGUCACUCAUCACAAAUCAAGACCAGUUAAGAAUCAUCAACGAGUUCACAACCGAUUUGGAGAACUCUCUGGGCAUAAAACACCAAAAGCUCUCCUUCAAGGAUAUCUGGAAUGCAGAUCCUCCCAAAGAAGCACACGGAGAGAGUUUCGAGGAAUACAUGAAAGAUGUAAGUGAGAAAAUCCGGAUCAUUAGAUAACCUCGUCUAAACUUCCCAGGCCUGUCGGAAUUCUUUCUUCUACGAAGACUAUCAUCACUUUGAUAAAUUCAGAGAGGAUUACCGCGAGAAAUUCUCAAAGGAUCCGUAUGUUAGUCCGCCAGUUAGGUGGCAAUGGUAUGGUCCCCCUUCCAGAAAUCGCACCUUUGAAAUCUCUCACAUGCUCAUGAAAUGAACAGGAAUCUUUCUGCCGGUAUAACCCGAGAAGAGAGAGAUGUGGCCGUGGAAAGAUUGGCAGUUUACAAAUGUUGGUUCUCAGAAAGGAUUGGCCAAGAAGCCAUUGUCCUCAUACCAAUCGAAAAUAUCACCCCGAGAUAUCGUGAUGAGCCAUUAGGGUAUGCCAUUUCCACAUCAAAGAUUGCGUCACUAUAGCUAACAUUGCUGUAGAAAAUACUUUAACCCUGUUGGAGUUCCCAUGCUAUUCGUAUCCCCUAUUCUCGGGGCGCCAGAAUUUACAGUACCAAGUGAGCAAUUCAACUUUGAACCGCAUUUGAUCUUAAUCUAA